AUGUUUGGAAGCACAGGGAAGCUAGCUGCUGAGGGUCUGGUCCACUGGGCUGAGAAUGCUGCAGAAGGAGCAGUCCAUGCGGCUGAAGAAGUGAUCAAGGAAGUAGUGGAACAUGCCAAGGAGGCUGGUAUGAAAGUCAUAGAAAAUGUCAUGAAGGCUGCAAAGGAAGCUGAAGAAAAAGCUGCAAAGGAGGUGACCAACAAAGUAACCAACACAAUAACUCAUGCUGCUGAGGGACUGAACAGUCUUGGACAAUGA